AUGGCUCGAUUUAGGCACCAAGAAGCCUCCUCUUCCACUUCUUCUCCUUCUCCAUGCUGUUAUGACGUGUUCUUGAGUUUCAGAGGCGUAGACACUCGAAAGAAUUUUACCGACCAUCUCUAUACCGCUUGUGUGGAGAAAGGCUUUAACACGUUCCGGGAUGAUGAAGAACUUGAGAGAGGAGUAGAUAUUAAGCCAGAAUUGAAGAAAGCCAUCCAACAGUCACGUAGUUCUGUCAUUGUAUUUUCAAAAGACUACUCGUCGUCCAGAUGGUGCCUUGACGAGCUUGUCUUCAUCCUUGGGCAGAAGAGGAUCUCGGAACACGUAGUUUUACCUGUCUUCUAUGACGUUGAUCCUUCCCACGUGAGGAACCAGACAGGAUGUGUUGCAGAAGCAUUUGCUAGGCACGAAGAGAAUCAGCUAUCAACGAACAAGGUCAAACAAUGGCGGGCAGCACUGAGAGAAGCUGCAGAUCUAUCCGGGAUGGUCUUACAAAACCACGCUGAUGGGUACGAAUCAAGGUUUAUCAUGCAAAUUGUUAAAGUGAUUGACAACAAACUCAGUCGCAUGCCCUUCGCUAUUGCACCCUACCCGAUUGGAAUUGAUUCUCGAGUUGAAACUAUUAAUUCAUGGUUACAGGAUGGAUCAACCGAUGUUGGAAUACUUUUAAUUAAUGGAGUUGGGGGAAUUGGAAAGACAACCCUUGCCAAAUUUGCUUACAACGUAAACUUUAGAAGAUUUGAACGAAGUUGUUUUCUUGAAGAUGUCAGGGAAAUUUCAAACCAACCCAAUGGUUUAGUUCACCUACAGAGACAAUUCCUUCACCACAUUAUGAGUGGAAGAGAAGUGAAAAUACAAAGUGUCAGUGAGGGAAUAAAAAAGAUUAGAGAUGCCAUAAUCUCUAAAACAGUUCUUCUUGUUCUUGAUGAUGUUGAUCAUAUGGACCAGAUAGAUGCAAUAUUUUUUAUGCAAGAUUGGUUUAGCCCUGGAAGUAAAAUCAUGAUAACAACUAGGUGUGCGGGAUUAUUAAGGGGUCAUCAAGUAGCUAAAAGCAAAGUUUAUGAUGUUGAAACUUUGGAUGUGGAUGAAUCAUUACAACUCUUCAGCUGGCAUGCGUUUGGCCAGGACCACCCAAUUGAAGGUUACAUUAGUCUGUCGAAAAGGGUAGAAGAUCGAUGUGGAGGACUCCCGUUAGCUCUUCAAGUUUUGGGUUCAUCACUAUCAGGACGACGUAUAGAUGUUUGGGAAAGUACAUUGGAGAAAUUAAAAAUUAUUCCAGACAAUCAAAUCAUCAAAAAACUCAGAAUAAGCUACGACGCUUUACAAGAUAACCCUGAUGACCAAAAUUUAUUCCUCCAUAUUGCAUGUUUUUUUGUUGGACAAGGGAAAGAUUAUGUUAUGUUUGGUAACAAUGAUGAUGAAAACAACGUGAAGAUGCAUCAAAUGAUUUGGGACAUGGGAAGAGAAAUUGUUCGGCUAGAAUCAAAGGCACCUGGAAAACGUAGUAGAUUAUGGCGUGAUAAGGAUUCUUUUGAUGUAUUAAAGGAAAAGAGUGGUACAGAAACAAUUGAAGGUCUUGCCUUGAACAUGCGUAUGCUCUCGGUAAACACUCCUUCAGGCAAUACGAAUGAGGUGGUCUUGGAAACUAACGCAUUUUCAAGGAUGUCCAAACUAGAACUACUUCAGCUUUGUCAUGUACGACUCAAUGGAUGUUAUGAGGAAUUUCCAAAAGGAUUAAGAUGGUUGUGUUGGCUUGAAUUUCCAUCGAAAUCAUUACCUAGUGAAAUUCCUUUGGAGUGCUUGGUUUAUCUUGAAAUGCAUCAUAGUAACUUGAGACAAGUCUUUAACCGGAAAAAAAACUUGAGACAAGUUUUAAAGAAGGGAAGAAAGCACCUUCCCUCAUUGAAGACCCUUGAUCUAAGUCAUUCUCUUAGCCUUACUGAAAUCGGUAACUUCUCACUGGCCCCCAACUUAGAAAGACUGAUUCUUAAAGAUUGUGUGAGCUUGGUUGAUGUUCAUGAAUCCAUUGGAAACCUAAAGAGACUCAAUUACUUGAAUAUGAAAGAUUGCAAAAAGAUUAGGAAACUUCCAAAGAAUUUAUUUAUGCUAAAAUCAGUUGAUACACUUAUUGUAUCUGGAUGCUCAAGUCUAGAUGAGUUUCCGAAGGAGCUGAGGAACAUGGAAUCUCUUAAAGUGCUAAAGGUAACUCAAGUUCUGACCACCACUGGAAACGUCAAAUCAUGCCUGAGGAGAAAUCCAGAAACUUUUUGGGCUUCUUUACCAAGUAGUUUAACACAAUUAAAGCUCAAGAGUUGCAAUCUUUCUGAUGAGGCUUUUCCCAAAGAUAUUGGUAACCUACCCUCAUUAGAACUAUUAGAUCUAAGCGACAAUCCAAUCUCUGGCCUACCAGAUUGCAUCCGAGGUGUUACACGACUUGAUCAACUUCUUUUUUCAAAUUGCAAGAGGCUCAAAACGCUUGUAGGGCUACCAAGGGCAAGAUAUUUUGGUGUGUUUGAUUGUGCAUUGUUGGAAAAAGUAACAUUUCAAUCAAGUUUGUUCGGAUUCACACCGUUUGAAGUGCUUAGCAUUAGUAACCCGAACUUAGUUGAGAUUGAAUACAUGUACAAGUUAGAACCCCUUGGAAAUUGUGAUGUAGAUAUGCUCGAUCUUUUGGGUUUGUCCAAGUACUUGGAAUCCAUGGAAACCGUUUUGAUGAUCUUCCCAUGUAGGAUCACAGUGGAGUUGCGCUGUGCAGUUGAGAGUACGAAGCUGGAUUGGAUCAGAAGAUAUCCCAUCCAGGGACUUUAUGAAUCUGGUAUAUUCAGCACAUUUCUUCCUGGGAAUGUGGUGCCAGGCCACUUCAGCUAUACAAGUAGAAAGUCUUGGUCAAUAUCUUUUAGUGUGCCUUCUUCUACUUCUACUUUCAGGAUUCGAGGCUUGAAUGUCUUCUCUAUAUAUACAUGUUCUGGUAGUGGUUCUUAUGCUGGUUACAGUUGUGAGAUAAUUAGUCCAAUAAUAAUCAAAGUUAGCAACAAAAGCACGGGAAUGAAGUGGAUCUAUGACCCAUCAUGCUUCGGCAUUCCAGAUCCUGGAGAAGACAUGAUAUUCUUAAGCCAUUGGAAGAUGGGGAAUCAAUUAUUGAAAGGUGGCGACCAAGUCACAGUUUCCAUGUUCAUGAGAUCUGUCUUUCAGCUGAAGGAGUGGGGCGUCCAGCUUGUGCACGAGCAAGAUCAAGAGAAUAUCAGGAUGAUAAGGACCCAACAUGACGACGAUGACAAUGAUGAUGAUGAGUGUCCAGUUUGUUUUCCAUGUGUCAUUUUUGGACGUUCGCCAGAAUUCGAGGUGAUGUCAAGAACAUACUUCCUGUCGCACGGACCACAAUCAAGGAGAGCACUGACGUUUACUCGUUGGAGGGAUUCGGUUUUGUUUAAUGACAUAUUUGGGGACUCUGAUCAACAAGAGGAACAAGCACUGCCGCUUGCAACAACAAUGAGGGACGCCGGGAACAAUAGAUACUUUGUGUUUUCCAUGUUGGCGGUAGAUGUCCUGUACGACAAUCUAGUUUUACGCAGUUGCCUUUUUGGAACUCAGUCGUGA